UGUGUGCUCCUGUGCUCCUACAUAUAUCCUUGUAGACACCCACCCGUAUUUUUGGAAUCGCAUCCUCUAUUGCCUCGAAAGAACGGGACGGCGAAAACGAAAACACAGGCUCGCACAACCCCGCCUUGCAUUUCGCCCCUGCUUCUUUGCCCAGACGGGCUGGCAGCACUUCUUUUCGGAAACCCGCACUCUAUAUCCUAUUCAGUUGCUUUAUCCUUCAGUUUCGGCUCUAUACUUUAUCGUGUCCGCGCCUGCGUCCAGAAAACUACAUAUCCUUGCCGGAGUUGUUUGUCGCCUGAUUUUCCACCACCAAAUAAGGGCCUUUCCCCUUCCGGCGCUCUGUCUCACUUGGUGACGUCGUCAGGCACAAGCUCGCCCAGCGUCGCAACCCAGCAAAGCGAGACCCACACAAGGCGGCGCAGCUCCCUCAGCAUCGGCACUUUCCUUUGCUACUUCCCAUCGUCUCACUCGCCAUUGACGAGGCGCGCAACGGGCGCUUUUAAUCGACAGCCCUUUACGCGGCAAAAGGAAUCCACAGAACUCGACCUUCGUCACGAUGCAUCGCACAUACUCUAUGCGCCAUUCGAGGGCGCCGACCGCCUCGCAGCUCCAGAACCCUCCGCCGCCGCCUUCUAGUACCAAGUCUGGCCGCCUGUUCGGGCGAGGACCCUUUGGACAUGCGCUUCGAAGGAAUGCCGCCGGUGCCUUUGGGCCCGACUUGGCCAAGAAGCUGUCGCAGCUGGUCAAGAUGGAAAAGAACGUCAUGCGCAGUCUAGAGUGUGUCGCCAAGGAGCGCAUGGAGGUCGCUCAACAACUAUCCCUCUGGGGCGAGCACGGCGACGAGGAUGUCUCGGAUGUGACGGACAAACUUGGCGUGCUUCUUUACGAGAUCGGCGAGCUGGAGGACCAAUACGUCGACCGCUAUGACCAAUACCGCCUGACCAUGAAGAGCAUCAGGAAUAUUGAGGCUUCGGUUCAGCCGAGCCGAGACAGGAAGCAAAAAAUCACGGACACAAUCGCGCAGCUUAAAUACAAGGAGCCGAACUCGCCCAAGAUAGUCGUUUUGGAGCAGGAGCUGGUACGCGCCGAGGCCGAAUCUCUUGUCGCCGAGGCUCAACUGUCCAACAUCACGCGCGAAAAGAUCAAGGCCGCCUAUACCUACCAGUUUGACGCCCUGCGGGAACACGCUGAGAAAGUCGCCAUCAUCGCCGGUUACGGCAAGCACCUCCUGGAGUUGAUCGACGACACCCCCGUUACCCCUGGAGAGACGCGUCAGGCCUACGACGGCUAUGAGGCCAGCCGUGCCAUCAUCCAGGACUGCGAGGAUUCUCUCACUAGCUGGGUGACGCAAAACGCCGCUGUGUCCUCCAAGCUAUCAACCCGCGCCCGCACGCUAUCGCAGCGUCGGAGGAACCAUAUCAAGGCCCGCGCCGACGGAGGCCAUGACCUAUCUGGCCAAGAUGCGCCCCUCAACGACCGCAGCUCGUGGAUCUCGUCAGGGCAUGGCGAGAUGGAGGACGACGAGGACGACGAGGAAGAUGAGCUGCGGGAUCGUGAAAGGGACUCUAUCCUAGACAACGAGCCGGGCAUGAACGGUGAGCGCCGUGGCCGGUCACAGGAGGUCAUAAACGCCUGAUAUCGCCUGGACUGGACCCCUAAUGGUCGUAAUGACAUGGCCUUGUUCGAAUUACAGGGCAAUCGAGUCGAGAGACAGGGCUCGGUUCCCUACCCCUUAAUGAGUAAUACCCCAAACUCUGGUGCAGAGUGCUCGAGCCUAGUGCGCUUUGGGCUUGUUGACUUCAGCUCAGCCGCGCGAGCUACCAGGUGAUCAGGUUCGACAUUGGAGCUCAGGGAGUUGGAUCAAUGUUAUGUUGGUAUUUUGCUACUUCCUGUGUCGGUGCUUGUUUCUGUAGCAUGAAUGUCAUUCUCCGUUUCCUAUUUCUCUUUACCCAAUCGAUGGUUCUCUGAUAUCCGAGUCCACGUAUCGUUACCACCUAACACCUCGGUCACUGAUCAAGAAGGCUAAAGUCUAUAAUUCAUCUAAUCCCGUUUUUGGGUAUAAGCCAAAGUGGCAUGGAAAUCACAUUAUCGCAUAGCCUGCA